AUGUGUGUUCGUACAACAUGUGGUGCUAAACAAGCAUUAUUUAUAAAUGCAGCUGGUAAUGCUCUUGUUAUAAUUGGAUGUGGUAUUAUGGGAGUUAUUCUUUAUGCCUAUUAUGCUGAUUGUGACCCAUAUACAGCUAAAUACAUUUCAGGUAUUGAUCAAAUAUUUCCAUAUUUUGUUAUGGAAGUAUUAAAUGAUAAAAAAGGUUUACCCGGAAUAUUUCUUGCUUGUGUCUUUUCUGGUUCAUUAUCAACAAUAUCAUCUGGUUUAAAUAGCCUUGCAGCUGUUCUUAUUGAAGAUAUUUAUAAAGGAGGUGUAGUGAUGUUAUUAACAUAUAUUGUGAGUUAUCUUGGAUCAAUACUUAAUGCUGCACUAUCAUUAUUUGGUAUUUUAUCUGUUCCAAUAAUGGGUGUUUUUAUUCUGGGUUUCUUUUCUCCAAAAGCAAAUAGUCGUGGUAGUUUUAUUGGUUUUUUAGCAAGUCUUUGUUGA